AUGGCAACAAUGGCAACAAGUCACAAGCAGUCAGUUUUGACAAAUUCUCUCGUGAAACCCCCCAUUAAUCCAUAUACCGGAAAGACAUCAACUUUAACAGAGAGGCCUUUAUCUCCAUAUGGAGGUAUAUAUGUUGAAGAUAGCUACAGGUAUGAGGAAAACUGUAAUACAAAUCAAAAUGUUGUGACCCAGUUAUCGGAAUACACACCCGACGAGAUAGCGGCACAUUUAAGACAGCUAUCGGACGACGAAUUUUACAACAAGUUAGUAGAGCUUAAGGAUGAACAGAAAAAAGCAUUGCAAAGGUGUGAGGAACUUUAUCAAGAAACACUUUCCAAAGACCAGCGUCAGUCGACAGAAUAUAAACCUGAUAAUGAUGUGGAUGAAUUAUUUGACAGAAACCAAAAUAGACCAGUCAUGAAUGAACUUGCCUCAGACAUGGAGACAUCGGUAUAUUUCAAUGGUUUCCAUUCAAAUGGUUUUACUGAUAAUGUCAUGGAUCUUUCAACGAAGCCACCGAUAGCAAGUCCUGCAGCACAUGGUGAUCUAAGAUCUUUCUCCUCAACCCUACCUUUAAAAUCAAGAUCAUUUAAAGAACGGCCGGGUUCAGCACCUGCAAGAUGGGGGAUGGAUAACUUAUAUACUGAUAGUCUUGAUGAAGAUGAUUGGCAACAAGUAAUAAGAACUUCAAGUGAUGAAAACCUAGGCACUUCUCGGGCACAUAGUCCUGAUGAUUUUAAUAGAGUGAUGAAACAAAUUGAUAACAUGUGGGAAAGAUUUUCAAUUGAAAACUAUGCCCCAAAGGAGCGCAGACAUUCAUCCUCUUCUCUUAUCAAAAGGAAUCAAACACAGAAAGAGAGAGAUAACUGGCGACAUCGAUUAACAAUACCAAAGCCUUUUAAGAUGACCCUACGAGAAGAAAACAAGGAAAAGAAGAGAACCAGUGCACAAAUUGAACUUGAAAACAGAAGACUAGAAAGACUGAAAGAUGAAGAAGCAGAAUGUCUGAAAACUUUCAAAGCUUCCCCUGCUCCAGCACACAUCUAUUUACCUUUGUAUGAUGAGAUUAUGGAGAAAAAUGAAGCCAGACGCCGAUAUGUUAAAACAUAUUGCCAAGAGAUGCUAAAGUCUCAGGAAAAGCCAUUUAACUUUGUCAAAAGAGAAGAAGAACGGAAGAAAUUAAGAUGUAAUUCAGCUCCGCCAAGACAAAAAGUCGCUGAAAAAGUGGCAAAAUCGGUUUUUAAAGCUAAACCAGUUCCUGAUUACUUGUUUGACAAAAAUAUGGAAGAAAAGAUUCAGGAAGAAGAGGAAUAUAGGAAGAUUCGGAUACGGAUGAGAUCGGAAGAACUUCUGCGAGAAGCGGCACUGCCAUCAAAUAUGGAAAUGAGACAACGAUUAAAAGAACAGAAACUGAAAGAGCAAAAAUUAAGAGAAAAGGACUUAAAAUCAAGGAAAAACAAGAUCAAGGGAUUACAUAAAGUACCUGAUUAUGAUGCAUUGUUUCGACAGUUCCAAAAAGAAAUGUCUCUACGUAGAGUGGAAAGAGAACCAACUAUCCCAAAGCCAUUUUCUCUCUCAGACAAAUAUAAUAGUUCUGUGCACAAAAAAUGUUUACAAGAUACCCAGUCAUCAGUGGAACUUGGGUCUUCUCGGAAUUCUUCACGAAGACCAGUUACAGAUUCCUGGAGCUCUUCUUUGGAUGCAAUACCUUACAGAACUACAACUGCACAAGACCUCAGGAGCAGCAUGAAUAGGAGCUUCAUCGAGAGGCUGACAAGGAAAGAACAAGAAGAACUGGAAGAAGAUGAACGACAACGGAGACGAGGUUUUCGACUGCGUAAAACAAUUUCACAAAAAGUCGCCCUAAACAACUCGGCGAGAUCUAAUAGACAGACAGUUAGAGAGAGACUUAGGAAAUUCAAAGAAAGUGAUCGUAAUCGCCAGGAAGUAUAUGAGAGAGAACUGGAAGAGAUUAAAAGACGCGUUGAUCAAAGACCAAUGUUAUUUGAGGAAGAAUCCAAGAAAAAUGCUAAGAAACUUGCAGAGAAGAAGUUUUCUGACACAUUGAAGAAUGCUGGCAUUAAAGAAGACGUCAGCAGCUACGCUUCAAGUACUGUCCGUCACCACGAAGGCGAUGGUGAUUAUGCUAGUGACAGCUUUGAGAUCUCUCCACUAAAGACGGAUGAAAAUAUAUCUGUCAGUGACGAGGAUUAUUAAGAUUAGUCAAUAUGUAUAAUGGUUUAAAGGUUUAUGUUACUCUUGAAGAAACACUGUAUCGUACUUCUGAUUAAACCUGUUCAGGUUUUUUGAUUUGUGUAUGAUAUUAAUUUCUGAACAUCUGAUAUGUUUUUGGUUGUCCUGUUUAUAGAAGUUCAAAACGGUGCCAAUAUUACUGUUUGGUGCAUGCCACAAUUUUGAUGAUAUUUGGGGUUUUAAACUGCUUUUUAAAAAUACACCUUAUUCAGUUGCCAGUAUGUCAUCAGAAACACUCCAACUGAUCACAGUUACAAGCAUUUAUUUGUUUGCAAAUAAGAUGUGAAAAUUUUGGUGGGGAAAUUAUGUAUGUGUUUGUGGGUGAUUAUGCUGUCAAAAAUAAAUAUAUAUGGUUUGAAACUUUAUACUUGGAGAUUUAUAUAUGAAUUCAAUCCUUGAAAGUCAGAUCAUCUUGAGAUCACAAUUUGAUAAUAAUAAAGUAAAUACCAAAUAUUGUUUAAAAUGCCAUCAAAGAUUGGUUUUGCAACAGCUUUUUAUGGCGGCACUGCCGAUUGUUUUGUGAAUUUUGAGAGCUGUGAAUAUGUAGGUUAUUAUGCUCUUAGAAAUACAUUUUGUGUGACCAGAUGUGACGAAAUUAAUUUCUCAUGCAAGAAACUUAUUUUUAGCCAGAAAUACUCUACAGUGUUAUAAGAGAGCUGAGUACAUUUAAGUGAUCCUGAAAGCAGUGUUAUAAAACAUUUUGUGUUGUUGUAUUUUUUGGUCUCCGUAUUGGAAAGGAAGACUCGUAUAGACAUUAACUUAUCCAUUAUAAUACACAUGGAGUAAAACAAGAUCAUUAUAAUAUGGUAAUUGACUAUCCACAUCUUUGUAUAUUAUAGAAAAGUAGAUGUUUAUUUAAAUAAUUGUUUAUAUAUCUUUUAUAGAUUUUAUUUUUUGUUGUGAUAGUUUAUUUUUUAAAUUAAAAUAGUGAUAGAAUAGAAACCUCUCUUCAUAAACUAAAUGGACAGGACUUUAAAACUAAAUGUGCCUUUAUAAAAUAGUUACACACUGUACAGUAGCUACUAUAAAUAAUAUUUUAUUUUCACAUAGGAAUCAUUAACUGUAUAACAGAUAUAAUUAUGUGCCUAAGUUAUUUAUUUAUUUAUUUAUUCAACUUUUUAAUUUUAUCAUUGAAGCCUGAUUUUGUUUUACAAUUUUAAUGGAUCACGUUUUGUGUAUCUUUUCAUUUGUAUGUUUGUAGUAAUAGUCUUCUUUGUUUUUAAUGGUUUUGAUUGAUAUGUGAUUGUGUUCUGGACCUGCAUGAUGGUUAAUAUAUAGUUAUGGUAGCUUUAAAAAAAAAAUUUGAAUGGAAACUUUAUCCAUCUGAUUUCUGUAGAUUUAUUUUCUCUUAUAUAAUGAAAUUAAUUUAAGGUCCCAAUGAAGUUACAAUUUUUAAUUUUAAAAAAAAUUUUGAACCAUGUUUAUUACUCUCUUUUUUUAAAGUUUAUUAUCCCCAGAAAAAAAAUACGGUAAUGCCAGGGUUGGGGGCCCUGGUAUCACUACCUUGCAUUAAUUUUAUAGGAUAAAUAAUAUACAAGAAUACAAAUAAUAUGUUAUCACACUAAUAAACUUGUUACCACAAAAAUGAAAGAGGAAAUAAUAGAAAGAAGUAAAAUAAACAAAUAGAUUAUAUAAAAAAAAAAUAAUAAUAAUAAAAAUAAUAAUAAUUAUACUAAUACAUGUAAUAAAAAAGAGUAAAUAAAUGGGGAAAAAAGACGAUAAAUAAAUAAAUAAUCCCUAGCAUUGGAGGUUACAAGUUGAUUAAGUACAGUAAUGCAGUGAUAGUGUCAGUUUGUUUGUUUUUAUUAUUGGACGAAACCCACAUAGGCACUGCUCACUGAGGAGUAUGAAACAAUCUCUUGCAGUGUCUCAGACCACCUUGAUAAGACUUUAAUAUUAUUAAGUCAUUGUCCUUGAAAUGUUUUAUGUGUAUGUUUUUUACUGAGGCAUUACAGAGUGUAUUGAUCAUUUACAAGGUAUAUUGCUCCUGCUAUUCUCAUUACUUUUCUGCACAAGAUAAUAUAAUAAACAUAAAUUAUUUAAAUUAUAUUUUAUUUGUAGAUUCAAAAUCCAAAAUCCUUGCAAAAACUUAGUUAAUUUGUCUGUAUGGUAUGCAUGUAAUUUAUUUCUCCAUUUUGACUGGUAUACUGUAAAUUAUGACUUUUCAAUCCACAUCAUUGAUGUGCUAAUGUUUGCAUUUCUGUCAUCUCAUUUUAUUUUUGUAAUUACUCCUGUAUUUUGCUUGACUAAGUUAUGUUUAAAAGUUUACGCAUGCAACGAACCAAAAUGUACUUGAUGUCAAGUUGCCAUAAUGUUAAUAACCCUUCUUUAUUUUUAGUCAUAUUGUAAUCUUUGUGCAUUUUCCCUCUGUCUCCAUCCUUUUUACAUGCUAUGUUUAAGAGAAUAUUGAUGGUGCCAGCUUUGGUGUGGGCACUGGAUGUCUUGUCAUUUGUCCUUUAUAUUUCAUCCCAAUGUUCAUAAAUGUAUUUUGUUAAAGUAAUAUUCAAACAUUUUUUACAUGGUGAUCUGCCUUCAGCAAUUGUCAAUUUCUACCUCUAAACACACUAUUAGUAAUUGUAUGUACAAAGUAUGUUAUAUUUAUACUUAAAAAUAUGUUUGUAUUUAUAUUUAACAAUUUUGCUGUUUGCAAAAUAAAUACUGUAGGAUUUUUUUACAUGUAUUUAAUUAUUGUAAUAAAAGCAAUUAUAGUCUGUCCCAGGUUUACAACAGUAUUUUUCAUCAAUAACAUUAGCUUGCCUAAACAUAGACAAACAAUAAUAGCAGUUUUGAAACUAAUGAUACAGUGUCCUUUUUCUAUGAAUAUAAAUAAAAUUAAAAUGUUCUUUGGUAAUUUCAACAUUUUUAUUGAUGUUGUAACAACAAUUUUGGAAUAAUGGCAACCACGAAGUUUUAAUGAAACUAUAUAAAAAUACAUUCCUUCUUACUUCAUAUCACUGUAUGAUCCUUUAUAUCAUUAUAUGAUCAACAAGUAUUUCAUAUAUAUAUAUCAACCUGAAAAAAACAAUGAAAAUUGGGAGAAAAUGCAAAAUGACAAUCUAGAGUACUGUAUAAAGGAUUCAUUAAUUGCAGUGGUGUACAGUAAUGCAGUUAUGAAUUUUAAGAAUUUAUCACACUACAUGUAUUAUUUAUCACAUAAAUAUUUAGAAAGCAUGAAUAUUGUGCUACUAAUUUAUUAAUUAUUGAUACAGUUUUAUUUAUAUUUAGUGGAAAAAUUACUUUAAUUUUUAUCUAAAAUAAGUCAAACUAAAGCUGUUAAGAAAAUAAUUCUUGUGUAGCCUGGGAUGCCCUCUAGUUAUAAAAAUCACUGCAUAAGGUAGUACUUUAGUUAAGUGUAUCAACUAGCAUUUAUUUAUCUAUUUUCAUUUAGUCAAAUUACUUUUCAGUAAGCAGACAAUACAUGUAUAUUACUGCUUACAGAUAAGAUUAAACCAGUUCAAAAGUUUUGCUAGUAUUAACUCUUUGCUAAAAAACUGCCAAACCCAAAUUAUUUUUAUUUAAAGGAGAAGUGAAUUUGUUUUUCCAAAUGGUUAGGCAUCAAUUUGGUAAACAUCUUUGGGCCAGUUUACAUGUUGCUUAGUAAUCCGAGUACCAUGCUUUCUUAAAACCAUUAAUUUUAUUAUUCUUGCACAAUACUUCAUAUGAGAUACCAUGUUGUGCCUCAAAGUAUUAAUUUAUUUUCAUUAAAGCUAAAUUUGUUGAUGUGUUUUUGUAUUUACAGAAUUAAAAUGCUUACUAAUAGUUGAAUUUUAUUAGUGUUUGGCAUUUUGGAUUUGUGCCUUUUUAACUCUGCAUGACACAAUUUUAGCCUUAGUGUAAUGCACAUGGAUAUUUUGUCGACUAGUUGAAUCAACAUAGGACUGUUGGAGACUCACUUCAUCAGUAACUAAACUAGCCAACUAUGAAGGAUGGCUUCAAGCCAUUUGCUAAUAUAAAACCAACUGGUUUUUAGAGUUUCAAGAAAAUAAUAAUUAUUAUUAUUUUUUUUUUUUUUAAUUGGCUAAAUCAACAUCUUUAUUAGAUUGAUCCCAGUUUAUUUGAAAAAUUAAUUUUUAGAAGUGGUUCUGUUUAAUUGCAAUUUUAACAUUUUACUGCACAUAUUUGUAAUUUGUCUGUGAUAACAUUUGUCAUGAAAUGAAGUUUUUCCACAUCAUUUUAAAGAAAUGUAAUAUGUAAAAUGUUACUUCUGGUUGAAAAAGUGAAAUUGUUUUAUGUUAUGGCUAAUAAAUUGUACUUAAGUUAAAAGUCUUAAGAAAUCAUUCCUUUGACCAGUGUAAAAUUUGGCUGUUUUUUUAAAUUUAAUAUUAGUACAAAUAUAAACUUGUUACUACUG